AUGGUCGAAGUCAAGCGCUACAAACUGCCACCAACCGCUCUCAUACCAAACUCGCCGCAUCCUUUGAUCCAUUACCCCGGAUUUGUAUCUGUAGAAUCCGGUAAUGAUGCGGCAACCAAGAUCUAUGACCUGUUCUCUAGUAAUGGAUGGAAGACGCAAUGGAUCUUUCGAUAUGGUCAGACUCAGACGUCGCAUUACCACAGCAUGGCGCACGAAUGCAUGGUUGUCCUGACUGGGACAGCUACCAUUCGCUUUGGCGUGGCCGACACGGACCCUGACCUGGAGAAGAGCACCUAUGGACCCGGCAGAGAGGAAGGAGGAAUUGAGGUCAGCGCAGGACCAGGAGACGUCUUCAUCCUACCGGCGGGAACAGCCCAUAAGACCUUCAACACGAACCCACGCACGGAAUUCAAACUAUUGACUCCGGGCGAUGGUCAUACAGUGGCAGCUGAAGAUGUGAGAGAGGCCCUUGCCAACAUUGACCUUUCUGGCUUCACCAUGAUUGGUGCUUACCCGAAAGACGGGGGGGAAUGGGACUUUGCGAAAGGAGGAGAAAAUGCAGGCAAUUAUGAGCAAGUCUGGUCAGUCCCAAAGCCAAAAAAGGAUCCAGUGCUUGGAGACUCGGAAGAAGGUAUAUGUGGACAGUGGUGA